GUCCGCUGGUCCCACGGCUCCGGUGGACCUCCUGCAGGCCCCGCCUGGAGCCGCCGCUGCUUCAAGGCCCAAGAUUUAAUGAGUGACUCCAAACUAUAUCAUACUGCUGUGCCACGUACACUGGGCAACAGAGAAGGUGGCCCAGAUCCUCAAAGGUAUUUGGGUGCCUAUCUCUCAUUGAAAUCCAUGGGAGUUAGGUGCCUAUUUACUUUGGAGGAUUUGGGCUUAUGUCCUGAACUGGGAUGUGUGUUCAUGGAGGAAAUUAGGAGAAGUAGUAGAUUGUGAGGAUGGGGAAUCUGCAAGUGUCUGUGAUAAAGGGGAUCAUGUCUUGAUUCUCCACGGGGCUUAAGUUAACACUCCAGAACACUCCGUCAGCACCUAUCUUAUACUUCACACGGCGUGGCACUGGAGCACGAGCAGUACAUAGCGCUAUAGCAGCACAACUUUCAACCUGCCCUGGGAGAGCUGAAGAACUCCCAUGAGCUGGGGACACCUGGGACUCUCAUAUAGCAGCAUUAUCUGAAUGGGUCCUGGUCUCGGGUCUACUAUUUUACUGUUCUUUAUCUUAUGUUAAAACUAAUGGGACUUGUGAGCAAGCCCUGAGAAAAUCUCUCUCAGUUUAAUCCUGCCUUAUUUCAGUGGAAGUUGUGAGCAUUCAGCACUGUGUAGGAUUGGGCCCUCAGGAAUUUUAAUUUGAUGUUGGGCUUUUUUUCCCUCAAACACACAUUGUGGGAUGAGUUAAGGACAGAGGAUUAACCUUAACUUUGAAUUUCUAGGGCUUGACACUUAAGCAAAAUUCCCAUUGACGACAGCUGCCGUGCUGAUCAUUUCUGUUCUAAAUAUGGGAUUGCCAUGCUGAUCAGUGCAUCAAAAACUGUCUUUCUUAUAUAUCAAUAAAUUAUAACUGAUCUCCUGUACCUGAGAGAGAAGCUUUGGAAGCAUUUCUGUGGCAGUGACUGCUUCCAUGGCUGCCACUACUAGCCACUAUUGCUGUCUGGCACUAGGAGUGCCUGGAAAACUCUUUAAAAUACCCACUAUUCACAUCAUUUGCAUUCCUAGAUUGCACCCUUAUAUCUUGGCCAUGUAUUACCUCACAUUACAUAAGAGUGGCUCACAGUGUUGAGUUGUGUGCAUUUGUCUCUGAGCUAUGCAGAAGGCUUUUGGAAUAGAGACUGAGUAAAAACUCUUUGUUGAUCAAUAGCACUUUUGCUUUUCUUUUUUUGUUUUUUUUUUUAGAACUCUGAAACCUUUGGGACUGUGCCUUUAGACUGAAAAUCCCUGAGGCAAGGGAGAUGUCGUUCUUUUUGUACAAAUUUGAAUUUGUUGUUCCAUAAAUAAAUAAAUUCAGUCUGAUGUUUUUUGGGUUUUUUUGCUUUGCAGCUGCUAGACUUUGAAAUACUGGGGAGUUAAUUUUGAUUGCAGAAUAGUUGCUUUAUUUUCAAGUCAGUCAGUCAUGGGCUACUGAAUUCUUGAAAUAAAAGCUCUGCCAUACAAUAACAAAAAAGAAAAAAACAUACUUGCUUGUUUGUGACAUGUGAAAACCAGCUUCCCAGAUCAAAUGGUUCCGAUUAUCUAGAUUAGUUUUCCACCGACUGGAAAACUCCUUGGAAAUAAAUGAGAACAGUAAAUCAGUUAUGACUGAAGGUUGUUUUUGAUUGUUCUAUCAUAAGCCUAUGAUGGGUGGCUGCUAUUAGGCUUUAUUAUAGAUUCACUCUGGUAUUAUAAUUUUCUGUCCCACUCAAAGAGUUGGGGCACCAUUGGUUAUUGUGAAGGAUUCUGUGCUAUUAAACCACACAAGAUAGUAAGAUGGGCGCACACAGCUUGCUUUGACUUAGUGUGAUAAAUGAUUGUCAUGAGCUGUAUUUGGUGAACAAACUCCGGAAACCCCCUGGUAGCUGCCUCCCAGUGAAAACAAAAGUGAAAAUAAAAGCAGCACAAUUCAAGGCUGCAGAAGCAAAUGGGAGUUCGUGAUAUACAGACGUCUCCAUGUUUUUGCUUUAAAAAAAAUCUAAAGCUGUUUUUGCAGAAAAGAUGUGAUCAGACAGGAACAUGCCAUGGAUCAGCUUUCUUAACUUUUAUGGGGGUGCUCCACUGUCCAGAUACUUGCCUGCUAAACCACAUGAAUUAAGUGAGCAGAGAACCUUGCUUGAGCCCUCUGCCCCUGAGCAAAUUGGCCCCAUUCACACCUCUGCAAUAACCUUGAUACAGUGGACAAGGGAACGAUUUGAUGAUACUUCAUUAAUGGAAAACUACAUUACUGCCAGUAUGUGAUGCAUCCUAAGCAAACAAUAUUUUCAAGACGUGGAAAUUUUAGCCAGAAGAAGCUACAGUUUUUUCUUUUGUUCUAGAGAGGAUCUUUCGAUACAUGCAUUUCCAAUGGCUAGUCUCUGUAGAUUAUGUUCAUUGGUAUUAGUGCUGCAGCUAUUACACAUUUAUUCUCUGGGAAUUUAUGGAUUUAAACAUCAAACAAGUAAAGACAACGUAACUUCCCCUACCAAUGGCAAGCUAUUUCCUUGGAAUAAGAUGAGGCUUCCUGAUAUGAUAGUCCCAAUCCAAUAUGACCUCUGUGUUCACCCUAAUCUUACUACUGUACGUUUUACUGGACUGGAGAGGAUAGAGAUCUUUGUGAGAGAGAAUACUAGAUUUAUCAUCUUGCACAGCAAAGACCUUGAAAUCACGAGUGCAGUUCUUCUGCCCAAAGAUGACUUGGGGUCCAGUAAACCAGGAAAACAGCUUCAAGUUUUAGAACAUUCCGCACAUGAGCAAAUUGCCCUGCAGGCUCCUGAAGUAUUAACAGCUGGCCAGAGGUUCCUGGUUGUCAUAGAGUUUCAUGGAAGACUGGCAGAUGGCUUUGAUGGAUUUUACAAAAGUACUUACAAAACUCGUGAUGGGGAAACAAGGAUAAUAGCUACUACAGAUUUUGAGCCUACUUCAGCAAGAAUGGCUUUUCCAUGCUUCGAUGAACCAUCUUUCAAAGCCAACUUUGCCAUCACAAUAAGGAGAGAAAGAAAACACAUUGCAUUAUCCAACAUGCCAAAGAUUAAAACAAUUGAACUCGAAGGAGGCCUGUUGGAAGAUCAUUUUGACGUGACUGUAAAAAUGAGCACUUACCUUGUAGCCUACAUAGUUUGUGAUUUUAAGUCUGUGCAAGCCACAACAUCAUCAGGAAUCAAGGUAUCCAUCUAUGCAUCACCUGACAAAUGGAGCCAGACACAUUAUGCCUUAGAAGCAGCAGUGAAACUACUGGAAUUUUAUGAGAAGUACUUCGAUAUUAGCUUUCCCUUACCAAAACUGGAUCUUGUUGCUAUCCCUGAUUUCCAGUCAGGAGCCAUGGAAAACUGGGGUCUCAUCACAUAUAGAGAGACCUCACUGCUCUAUGAUCCCAAGACCUCCUCAGCAUUCGACAAACUGUGGGUCACAAAGGUGAUAGGCCAUGAAUUAGCACAUCAGUGGUUUGGUAAUCUGGUUACUAUGGAAUGGUGGAAUGACAUUUGGCUAAAUGAAGGUUUUGCCAGAUUCAUGGAAUUGGUUUCUGUUAGUGCUAUGUACUCAGAGCUGCAAAUUGAGGAUUACUUUCUGAAUGUAUGUUUUGGUGCAAUUGCAAGGGAUUCAUUAAAUUCAUCUCAUCCAAUCUCCAACCCAGCAGAAACUCCUACUCAAAUAAAGGAAAUGUUUGAUACUGUGUCCUAUGACAAGGGAGCUUGUAUUUUGAAGAUGCUCCAGAAUUUCCUAUCUGAGGCGGUGUUCCGGAAAGGAUUAAUUCACUACUUGAAGAAGUACAGCUAUAGGAAUGCAAAGAAUAAUGAUUUGUGGAACAGCAUGGCCAAUACUUGCUCUGAAAGUGACUUCUCUUCCGGCAACUUUUGCUAUACAGCUUUCAGGCCUCUUAGCAGCACAUUCAGUCAUAUGUGGAAACUUACGGAGAUCGAAGAGAUGAUGAACACUUGGACACUUCAGAAAGGGAUCCCACUGGUUCUUGUUAAAUGUGAAGGGAACACCUUAAGUUUGCGACAGGUGCGCUUCCUUAAGGGUGUUUUUGAAGAAGACCCUGAAUGGGCUAACUUGCAGUCAAGGUAUUUUUGGCAUAUCCCACUCACAUACGUCACCAGCAGCUCCAACACUGUUCACAGACAUAUAUUAAAAACUAAAACAGACACACUAGAACUGGAGGGAGAGGUCGCCUGGGUGAAAUUCAAUGUGGACAUGAAUGGCUAUUACAUUGUGCACUAUGAAGAGAAUGGGUGGGACAACAUCAUUAAAGUGUUGGAUCAGAACCACACCCUUUUCAGCCACAAGGACCGAGUGAACUUGAUCCAUAAUGCAUUUCAACUGGUCAGUGGAGGAAGGUUAUCGCUGGACAAAGCCCUUGAUCUGACACGAUAUCUCCGACGUGAAUCCAGUAACGUAGUACUUCUGCAAGGCCUGGGCUACCUGGAAAUGUUCUACCACAUGAUGGAGAGAAGAAAUAUUUCUGAUGUCACAGAAAACCUAAAGAGGUACAUCCUGCAGCAUUUUAAGCUGGUGAUUGACAGGCAAACAUGGAGCGAUGAGGGCUCAGUCUCUGACAGAAUACUUCGUUCUGAUCUCCUUGGGCUUGCGUGUAAGCUACAAUAUCCUCCUUGUAUCCAGAAGGCAAAUGAGCUUUUCAGCAAGUGGAUGGGAUCUGGUGGGAUGUUAAACCUUCCAGCGGAUGUUCUGAAGACAGUCUACUCAGUUGGAGCACAGAAAAUAGCAGGGUGGAAUUAUCUACUGAAGCAGUAUAGCCUCUCGAUGUCAGGUGCAGAAAAGAACAAAAUUCUCUAUGCUUUGACAACCAGCAAGGACUGUGAAAAACUGACAAAGUUAAUUGAGCUGGGCAUGGAAGGUGAGGUUAUCAAAACUCAGGACCUAGCAGCUCUUCUUCAUGCUGUUGCCAGAAAUCCUGAGGGACAGGGGCUUGCUUGGAAUUUUGUCAGAAAAAACUGGAACAAACUUCUUAAAAAAUUUGAAUUAGCCUCUUUUUCUAUAAGAACUAUUAUUGUUGGCACUACAUCUCACUUUUCGUCCAAAGACAAGCUAGAAGAGGUGAAACACUUCUUUAGGUCUCUGGAGGACCAAGGAUCACAGCUAAAAAUCACUGAAGUUGUACUGGAAACAAUAACAAAAAAUAUUAGAUGGCUGAAGAGGAAUCUCAACAGUCUAAGGAACUGGCUGCUAAAUAAUCUUUAAACCACACUGCAAAGCAGAGAGGAUUUCAGUUUGAUUAACUGUUCCCUUUCACUCCCCACUAUGGUGAUGCAUAUUUGGGGAGUUUGCCAAUAUAGAUAUGUUGACAACCUCAAAUAUGUACAGAACGUUUUUUACUGAUCCAGAACUGGCUAAAGAAGGAGGAUCUAUUGUGAAGUCUGUGAACUGUUUCAAUAAUUUGUCACAAUGUAAUGCUGUACAUAUCCGUCUGAUGAUAGGUGCAUGGGUACAAAGAUAGAGUACAGAAUUUUUCCAUGCCUUUUUGUCUUACUGUUUGUUGGAAUUAUUAUUGUGUUUUUUUUUGGUUUCUGGCCACAGGAGACAUGAAUAACCCACUUACUAAUAGCUUCUCUCUUGUUAGGUUUAGGUUGAAUUAUUUAAUCAGAAAGGGUGAGGAAUUUAGAACAAACAAGACACUUCCUCCAGACAGAGAGGCAGCAUAAUCUAGUGGCUAAUAUGCUUGACCAGGAAUUCAGAGACUGGAGUUCUAUUAGUGAGUCUACUACCUGCUGCAAGUCUUUGGACUAGUUGCAUCAUGUGUGUGCCCUCACCCUGCCCCAGUCUCAUGUCUUUUUUGUCUAUUUAGAUUGUAAACUCUUCGAGCCAAGACUGUCUUCCCUAUAUGUCUGUGCAGUGCCUAGCACAAUGGGGCCCUCAUCUCAGUUGGAGCCUGUAGGUGCCACUGCUAUAAUUAAUAUUAAUAGAUUAUCUCCUGGGGAAAACAGUGUAGUUCUUCUACACGUGUUAUCAGUUCAGCUCAUCCCUAAGAUGAGAGGGCAAUUUUCUCCUUAGCUUCUUUGCUUGUAUUCUCUUUUUCUGCACAACCUAAAUAGCCAAGAUGAACUGUGCUAAAGGUGUUUUUUUUUUCUCCUUCCAUUUUUCUUAUAGCUUGUUAUCAAACAAUAUAAAAGCACCAAAAGCAAACCUGGGAGUUCAAGAAUAAGUAGUGUGGUACUUCAGACAAGUAGUGUAGUACUAUAGAGAGCUUCUGACUAAUACAUUGCUUUAAAAGUAUUUUACUAACAAAAGGUCCAUUUCCUAAGAGGCUGGGGUUUAUGGUGAAGUGUACUUGUGGCAAUUUAUUUAUAAGAUUGCAACAAAUGAAUGUAUUGUUUAAAAGAUUUUAAUUGUGAACGAACUCAAUUUUACUGUUGUAAAAGCAUAAUCUGUUGCCUCUGUUGUUAGAUACCUUUCUGUCAUACACAAAGAAAUACUGUGGCCAUGCAGCCAGAUUUUCAGAAGUGGCCACUGAUACUAUGUACCUCCAUUUGUGUGCCCAACUUGAGACAUUAUGUACCUGGUUUUCACAAGGUGCCUAAGCUCCAGAGCUCACAAUGAAGUCAGCUUUGGGGGCAGGGAAUGCCUGUAUGUAUAUAUAAUACCCAGCAUAAUGGGAUCCUGAUUCUAAUUGGGGUCUCUGGGCUGUUUUACAAUUAAUAAGUGCUGUUAAUCUGCCACAGCAGCAUUUGAGCCUUGGGCUGUUACUUCUUUUCCUAAAACAGCUUCUGUUUGCCACAUUCUAUAUACACUGUUGGUAAUAUUUGUUCUUUCAUUUGGGAAUCUGAAAAAGCUACAAAUUCUAAUGAAUUAAACUUCACAACACCCCUGGGAUGUGGGGCAGGGAAGCAUAGAAUAUCAUCAACUCACUUCUCCCACACAGUGAAAUGCACUCUUUGCUUGUGGGAAGCUGUCCCCAGUCAGUCUCAUUUUGGUCACUGUCAGAUUGUCUAGUGAAAUAGUAUAUUAUAGUAAUAGUUACUGACAGUGGCCCAUCACCACUGAAUUAAUGUUUGUCCAUUGCUUUAUUCAUUUCACACCGCACAGCCUUUCUAUGUUAUAUCAUCCUACAGGUCCAAUUUGUAGAAUAACAUAAGUUGGAGAAGAUAUGAGGAUCUCAGAUUCAAAACAAGACGGAGUUCACUGACAGCAUUACAAUUGCCUACUCUUAGUCUUGUUGCAUCAUUGCCUUCGUGUCUGAGACUAGGCUGGAUAUUUAGGCUUGAUGUGGGAAUGACAUGCGUUUUAUGUCAUGUUUCAUCAGUCAUCUAAUUUACAUUGUUACUGGCCUUUCUAGAGAUAGUAAAUGGAGCCUACACAUAUUCUGUAGUUUAAAUUUACUAUCCUAAAUGUUACAUCCACAAAAAGAUGAAUUGGCUCUCAGAAGUUGUUAGGCACAUCUUUUACACACAGAAUGACCAAUCAGCCAAUGAGAGUUUGUUCUCAUGAUACUGUAUUUCUGCCUUGUGUUUUGCUAUUGACUGUUGUCACCCUUUUCCUGCAAAGGAGAGUGAUGAGGGAGGAGACCUGGAAUAAAGCCAAAUUCCAAUGCUU